AUAUUCAUUCUUCUCUUUUUUUUCUCUUCUUCAAGCUUAAGCUCAUUAUUUUCUUCCAAUGGAUAUUAGAACUUCCAACCUCACCAAUGUCAAAUCCACCGUUCAUUUUUCAUGCAUAUCGAAUCAACACCGUUCCCACUUAACCACAAAGCCCAAGCCCACCACCGUCAAAAUGAGUAGUAUGACUAAAACUCAUAACCCACAUCCUUAUUGGGCUUCUUUGCAUGCCGACAUAGAAGCCCAUCUCAAACAUUCUCUUACGAUCAAAGAACCACUCGUGGUUUUUGAGCCCAUGCAUCAUUAUAUUUUCACCGCCCCAAAAACCACCGUGCCGGCUUUAUGCCUCGCCGCAUGUGAGCUCGUCGGAGGUCAACGCCACCAUGCCAUAUCCGCCGCUUCAGCUUUGUUACUAAUGGAGUCAGCUACUUACACCCAUGAGCAUCUUCCACUCACGGACAGGUCCGGGCCCAAGCCCGGGCCCGUGAUCAAUCAUGUUUAUGGGCCUAACGUGGAGCUUCUGACAAGUGAUGGAAUUGCUCCGUUUGGAUUUGAAUUGAUAGCUAGAUCGGACGGUGGAGAAAAUUCGGAGCGGAUUUUGCGGGUGAUGGUUGAGAUCUCACGGGCUGUGGGUUCAGGAGGGGUGAUAGAGGCGCAGUACAGGAAAGCUUUGGAUGGUGGAUCUGUCGGUGAGGAGAUGUGCCACGUGGAAGAAAUCAGGCGUGUUGUGGAGAAAUAUGAAGGUGGGUUGCAUGCGUGUGGUGCUGUAUGUGGAGGUGUGUUGGGAGGGGGGUGUGAAGAGGAAAUUGAGAGAUUAAGGAAAUUUGGGUUUUAUGUUGGGAUUAUUCAAGGAAUGAUAAAAAGGGGGUUUAAGGAAGAUAAAGAAGUGGAUGAGGCAAGAAAUUUGGCACUUGAGGAAUUGCAAUUUUUUAAGGAUAAAGAGGAGGGGAAUGCCUGUACGGAUUGUUUGGUCAAGAUGGGAGCUUCAUCAAACUUGUCGCUUGUGAUUCUUGAUACACCCCCGAUUGAGUUAUACUUGUCCCUCCUUGCUGAUGCUCAAGGAGUAGCUUUUGUUAGGGAGUAAUCCCUUUUCUUUUGCUUUUGUUUGAUUUUCCAUUUUCUCUCUUGUAACACAAAAAAAGUAA